GAGAGAAGUCUGACUCGAGGCUUAUCACCACAGGUUCUGCCUUUGCACGGCAGGAAGGAGAAGAGCGAGAGACAGCAGAGACGACCGUUACUCGUCUCUUCAUUUUCGUCCCCAGCUCCCUGUCAAAAAUCUCCGGCAUUCCCUCGUCCAAUCCCUGAACACUUGAGUUCUUGGUGUAUGCCAGUCGGUUAGAUUCUUACCAGGCCUCCCGAUUCGUCACUAUCCCUUCAAGAUUCAGUCAUUCAGAAAGAAGCUUAGAGCCCAAGUAGAAGAAUUUCGAAAAUGAGAGCGGCGGUGAUCGGCGCCGGAGUAAGCGGACUGGUGUCGGCGUAUGUACUUGCCAGAGCCGGCAUGAAGGUGGUGUUGUACGAGAAGGAAGAUUACUUGGGCGGCCAUGCUAGGACUGUGACUGUCGACGGCGUCCCUCUGGACCUAGGCUUCAUGGUCUUCAAUCGGGUAACAUAUCCAAAUAUGAUGGAGUUCUUUGAGACUCUUGGGGUAGAUAUGGAGCUAUCAGACAUGUCCUUUGCAGUGAGCUUAGAUGAAGGGCGAGGCUGCGAGUGGGGCAGCCGAAAUGGUUUAUCAAGUUUGUUUGCACAGAAGAAGAACAUACUGAAUCCAUAUUUUUGGCAAAUGAUUGGGGAUGUGAUCAAGUUUAAGGAUGAUGUUCUCAAGUACCUUGAAGAGCUUGAGAACAACCCAGACAUGGAUCGGAACAAGACCUUGGGCGACUUCAUAAAGUGUCGUGGUUACUCAGAGUUAUUCCAGAAGGCUUAUCUUGUCCCGAUAUGUGCUUCAAUCUGGUCCUGCCCGGCAGAAGGAGUAAUGACUUUCUCGGCCUUUUCAGUUCUUUCGUUUUGCCGCAACCACCAUCUCCUGCAGCUUUUUGGGCGCCCACAGUGGCUCACUGUCAAAUGGCGCUCUCAUUAUUAUGUUAAUAAGGUCAGAGAAGAGCUGGAAAGUAAAGGUUGUCGAAUAAGAACUGGUUGUGAGGUUGUCUCUGUUUCAACUACGGAUGAUGGUUGCACUGUAUUUUGUGGAGAUGGGUCACAAGAAAUGCACGAUGGGUGCAUAAUGGCUGUCCAUGCCCCUGAUGCCUUGAACAUAUUAGGAAACAAGGCAACAUUUGAUGAAAUGAGAGUACUCGGUGCCUUCCAAUAUGUCUCUAGUGAUAUUUUCCUUCAUUGUGACAAAAAUUUCAUGCCCCAAAACCCAGCAGCAUGGAGUGCUUGGAAUUUUCUUGGAACUAUAGACAACAAAGUGUGCUUGACGUACUGGCUCAAUGUCCUUCAGAACAUUGAUCAGACAAGUCGACCUUUUCUUGUGACCCUUAAUCCCCCUCAUACACCAGAUCAUACCUUGCUGAAGUGGUCAACAAGCCAUCCAUUUCCAUCAGUUGCUGCAUCAAAAGCUUCACUUGAGCUUGAUCAUAUUCAGGGGAAGAGGGGAAUAUGGUUUUGUGGAGCAUACCAGGGUUAUGGCUUCCAUGAGGAUGGAUUAAAGGCUGGGAUGGUUGCUGCACACAGUAUGCUUGGAAAAGGUUGUGCUGUCCUAAACAACCCAAAACAUAUGGUACCUUCUUUACUAGAAACAGGGGCGCGCCUUUUUGUCACUAGGUUUCUUGGACAUUAUAUCUCUACUGGUUGUUUAAUUUUAUUGGAGGAAGGAGGCACGAUUUACACUGUUGAAGGAUCAAGGAAGAAAUGCCUUUUGAAAGUUUCUCUGAAGAUUCACAAUCCUCAGUUUUACUGGAAGAUUGCUACACAGGCUGAUUUAGGCCUUGCAGAUGCAUAUAUCAAUGGAGAUUUUUCUCUUGUUGAUAAAGACGAAGGGCUUCAAAAUCUUUUCAUGAUUUUUAUUGCCAACAGAGAUUUGGAUUCUUCUCUAUCAAGGUUAAACAACAAAAGGGGGUGGUGGACACCAUUGUUUUUCACAGCUGGAAUAGCAUCUGCAAAGUACUUCUUCCAGCAUGUUUCAAGGCAAAAUACUCUUACACAAGCUCGGAGGAACAUCUCCCGCCAUUAUGAUCUUAGUAAUGAACUAUUUUCUCUGUUCUUGGAUGAGACAAUGACUUACUCUUGCGCAGUAUUCAAGACGGAAGGUGAAGACUUGAAAGUAGCACAGCUGAGAAAAAUCUCUCUUCUCAUUGAAAAAGUACGAAUUGAUAAGAAGCAUGAAGUUUUAGAGAUUGGUUGUGGUUGGGGAAGUUUAGCUAUUGAAGUCGUGAAACAAACUGGAUGCAAAUACACUGGCAUCACUCUAUCUGAGGAGCAGCUGAAAUUUGCAGAAAUGAAAGUGAAGGAAGCUGGCCUUCAGGACAACAUAAGAUUCCUCCUUUGCGACUAUCGCCAAUUGUCCGAUUCCUAUAAAUAUGACAGAAUUAUAUCUUGUGAGAUGCUAGAAGCUGUGGGGCAUGAGUAUAUGGAGGAGUUUUUUGGUUGUUGUGAGUCAGUAUUGGCAGAAGAUGGACUUCUUGUCCUGCAGUUCAUAUCGAUCCCGGAUGAAAGGUACGAUGAAUACAGAAGAAGCUCAGAUUUUAUAAAGGAAUACAUUUUCCCUGGUGGAUGCUUGCCUUCAUUAAGUAGAGUAACAACAGCCAUGGCUGCUGCAUCAAGACUCUGCAUAGAGCACCUGGAAAACAUAGGAAUACAUUAUUACCAGACAUUGAGACAUUGGAGGAAAAAUUUCCUAGAGAAUCAGAGCAAAAUUAUAGAGCUUGGAUUCAAUGAGAAGUUCAUCAGGACAUGGGAGUAUUAUUUUGAUUAUUGUGCAGCUGGUUUUAAAACUCACACUCUGGGAAAUUAUCAGAUCGUAUUCUCACGCCCUGGCAAUGCUGCUGCAUUUAGCAAUCCAUACGAAAGUGUGGUGUCAACUUAUUGACGCUGCUCAAUCAUCCACUAAGCCAGGUUGCAUUGUGGCUCUUCAUUUCAAUUUUUAUUUCUAUUUUUGAUCUUGUAUGAGAUUGUUGUUGGUGUUGGCUUGUAACUCAGUGAAAGAAAAUCUCAGGCCCUCAUUUCAAAUUUUCAAUGCAUCUGCUCAGUUACUUUGACAACUUUGAACCCA